AUGACUUCUGUAAAAGAAAGAUAUUUUAGAAUUCCCAAUGAUGAUGAAAUAGAUGAAUUUUUAGAAAAAGUAGAUAAUGUAACAACUAAAGUUAGAAAUAUAUUAAAUGAUAAAAUAAGUAUAGAAGAAUUAGAAAAAGAAGAAAAGAAAUUAUUUCUUGAAAAAAGAGUGAGAGAAAUUAAAGAAGAAGAAAAAAAGGAAAAAGAAAAAAGAGAUUUUAUAAUGGGUAGAGAAGGAAAAGGAAAUGAAAAUGAUUAUUUAUAUUUUUGUCGUUUUUGUUUUGUUGAAUAUAAUUAUCAUUUAAAAAAUUGUAAAAGAUGUAAUGGAGUAGUAAUAACUAGAGAACAAAGAAAAAAGGAAUUAGAAGAAAAAGUAAAAAUUUAUAAAAAUGAGAAAGAUAAAAGAAAUAUUAGAAGAAACAAUUGGGAACAAUUUUUAAAAUCAAAAAAAAAUCAAGAGGUAAGAAAAAUAACAAACUAUGAAAAAUGGGAUUAUUAUGAACCAAGUAGUGACACUUUUGAUGAGGAUGAAAAAACAUUAUAUGUGCCUAAAAAUAAUCAAAAUUUUCAAAUAUUAGAAAAAAAAAUGAAUGAAGAUAUAAAAAAAAGAAAUGAAAAUAGAAAAAUUGCUUAUAAUAUGAAGCAGAAAGGAAAUAAUUUUUUUAGACAAAAAAAUUAUUUAUAUGCUAUAGAUUGUUAUAAAAAUGCUUUAGAUAUAUGCAAGGAUUAUUUAGAAUUGUAUAAUAAUUUAUCUUUAUGCCAAAUUAAAAUAUAUCAAUAUGAAAAUGCUAUUGAAAAUUGUGAUAAAGUUAUUGAUUAUUAUAAUAUAUUUCGUAAUGAUCUCAAAAUUAAAAAUUCAGUUAUUUUCAAAAGUUAUGCAAGAAAAGGAUUAGCACUUUUUAAAUUACAUAAAUUUAAUGAAUCAUUAGAAAACUUUAAGUUAGCUUUAUUACUUUAUCCCGAUGAUAAGGAAACAAUUGAAUAUAUUGAAAAAUGUGAAAAAAUUUUAAACGAUUAUCAAAUUGUACAAAAUGAUGAAUUCUAUUCAAAUAAAAAUCAAGAAAACGAGAAAAGAAAAGUAGAAAAAAAAGUAGAAAAAAAUGUAGAAAAAAAAGUAGAAAAAAAUGUAGAAAAAAAAGUAGAAAAAAAAGUAGAAAAAAAUGUAGAAAAAAAAGAACAUUUGGAAGAGAAUAAAAAUAAUGAAAGAUAUAAUAUUGAUAGUAAUGAUCUAAAUAAAGAGAAUUUUGAACAACUAACAAUGGAAUUAUUGAAAAUAGAUAUAAAAAAAAAACCAAAAGUUUUUUCAGAGUAUCUUAGAAAAAUGAAGAAAUUUCUAAAGAAAAAUAAAAAUGCAAAACUCAAAUUUUGUUCAUGUAUAUAUGAAAUAAAAGAUAGAGAAAAUGAAAAAAUAAAGAAAACAACUUUAUUAUCAUAUGUUGUUGAAAGAUUAAAUGAUAUAUUAUUUUACAUUAAAAAAGAAGUUGGUGAUGAUAUAUUAAAAAAUGAUAAUAUAAAACUUGAAAACUUACAUAUACCUAUAUAUUUAAAAAAAUGUGGCAACAGAAUUAUUGAUAUCUUAAUAUUUAUACUUGAAGAUGGUUAUCAUUAUUCUGAUUUUUGCAUUAAUGCAUUAAAACCAGUUUUAACUUUUUAUUCUUUCAAAAUUUUAAAAAUUUUAAAAUGUACAAAUUUUUUACUUUUUAUUAGUGAGAAUUAUGAAGCAAGAAAAUUAUUUUAUAGUAUUAUUGAAAGUAAUAACUAUGUUUUAAAAAAUAUAUUGACAACAAUGAAUGAUUAUAUAAAAGAACAAAGAAGUGUUUAUACAAAAGAAAAAUUAUUACGUUUUGAAUCUUUAAGAAGUUUUAUAUCUAAUGGUUUGAAUGAUGAUAUAAGUGAAAUUAUAAAAGAAGACAAUAAUAAGAGUUUCUCAAUUAAAGAGAAUAACAAAAAUGAAAGUAUUAUAAAUAAUAAUAAAUUCAAUGAUAAAAAAAAUUAUAAUGAAAGAAAUGAUAUUUUAAAAAACACUCCGACUAUAAAUUUAUUGUAUAAUAAAACUGAAAAAAAAUUAGAAGAAAAAAAAAGUAAAAAAUUAAUUGAAAAAAAGUAUGAAUUUAUUAAUUUAUUUGGUAUUUUAUCUCAUUUCAUUGUGGAAACUAAUAUAUUGAAUUUUCUAGAAAAAAAUUUUAUGAAAGAAAUAUUUAACAUUAUCAUUUUUAUUAAUGAAAAAUUUUAUGAUUACAAUGAAAUGCAUUGCAAUUAUUUGUCUUUUUUAGUAAAUCUAGUUGGAAAUAUAAACAUAAGAUUAAUUUUUUUGAACAAAUGUUGGUCUAAUAUAUUUUAUUUUGUAGAACAUAUUGAAAAUGAAAGUUUAUUGAAACAUAUUUUAUCAGUAAUUUUUAAUUUAACAAUUAUGUGGACAAAUGAAAUGGAAAAAAAAAAAAAAGUUGUAUCUUUUGAUAAGGAAAUUAAAAAAAGUAUUUUUCACAAAAUUAUUAAGCACACUCAAUCUGUAGAUAAACGAGUAAGUGAGUUGUGUUUUUUACUUUUAAGUAGAUUUUAUUUAUAUGUUUAUUAUUCAUUCUAUUAUAAGGACAAAAAUAAUAAUGAUAGUUGUAAUGGUAAUUAUGAUGAUAAUAUUAAUGAUAAUAAUAAUGACAAGAAAUUAAUAAAUUCUUUAAAAAAAAAUAUAGGUAAAGAAAAUGAAAAAUUAAUUCAAUUAGAUGAAUUUUCUAUUUUAUCUCUAAAAAAAUCUAUUUUAUUAACUUUAUCAAGAAAAAAUGAAUUUUCUUUAAUAAAGUCAUGCAUAAGUCUUGUUUUCAGCUUAUCAAGAUAUACUAAUUUUUUAAAUAUUUUAAUUGAAAAAGAUGUUAACUAUAUUUUUAAAGAAUUAACAGUUAAAAUAUGUUCAAUAUUUUUAGAUAUUCAAAAUAAUACUACUAAAGAUAAAUCAUUUUAUAUUUUAAUAAACAAUAUUAUUAUGUUUUUUACACAAAUUUUAAAAAUUAUAUUAAUAAAAAGUGAUUGCAACAAUAUAGAAAUAUAUAAUGAAAUAAGAAAAAUAAUACCAUCUGCAAUUCAAAUAAUGAAUAAUGUAGAAAAAAUAUUAAAAAAAAAUAUUUCCAUUUUUUUAUCAUAUUGUUUUUUAAAUAAUCAUUUAAAACAGACAAUAUUAUCACUAUAUAAUAAUGACAUCAAUAAAAUUUAUUACUUACUAAAAGUUUCUUAG